GGAUUGGCGGGGCGCGGCGACCGCGGAAGCGGCCGGCCCAGCAUGGACGAGGCGGGGGCGCGGGAGCUGCUGGCCUUCCUCCGGCCCGAGGCCCGCGGGGACCUGAAGGGCGGCGCCGUCCGCUUCGUGCUGGGGCUGACCGGGGGCGCCGAGGGCCGCCGGCUGCUGCUCGACCGCCCGGACUUCCUGGAGGCGCUGCUGGCGCUGAGCGGCGACCCGAGCCUCGCGGUGGCCGAGCCCGCCUUGCACGCGCUGGUCAACCUGGCGGCGGAGCCGGGGGCGGCCGGAGCGCUGCGGGGCGGGCUGCCGGACCUGCUGCGCCGCCUGCUCGACCCCGCCUUCCCCCUGGCCCAGGCGGCCUGCACGCUGCUGGCCAACUGGUCCCGCGAGGAGGGCCCCUGCCGGGAGCUCUGGGCCGAGCUGCGGCGGGGCGGCGCGGGGCUGCUGCCGCUGCUGGAGGCCUUCUGCGGGCCGGACCCGCGUCCCGGGGCGCCCUGGCACCACCUGGGCGCGCUGCUGGCCAACCUGAGCCAGCUCCCGGAGGCCCGCGACGCCCUGCUCGACCGCGCCGGGUGCCUGGUGCAGAGGCUGCUGCCCUUCACGCAGGACGCGGGCUCGGCGGUCCGGCGGUGCGGCGUGGCGGGAACGCUGCGGAACUGUUGCUUCGACUCCCGGCACCACGAGUGGCUGCUGAACGAGCAAGUGGACCUGCUGCCCUUCCUUCUCCUGCCCCUGGCGGGCCCCGAGGAACUCCCGGAGGAUGAGAUGGAAAGACUGCCCCUGGAUCUGCAGUAUUUGCCAGCCGACAAGCAGCGGGAGCCGGAAGCUGACAUUCGCAAGAUGCUCCUGGAGACCCUCCUGCUGCUCACAGCCACCAAACCGGGGCGGCUCCAGGUGCGAGAGAAAGGCACCUACUUUGUCCUGCGAGAGUUGCACAAGUGGGAGGAGGACCGCGGAGUCCGCACUGCCUGCGAAAAGCUGAUCCAGGUCCUGAUUGGUGACGAGCCUGAGGCUGGGAUGGAAAACCUGCUGGAGGUGAAGAUCCCCCCAGAGGUGGAGCAGCAGCUGCAGCGCCUGGACCAGGAGGAGGAAGAGGAAAGAGCUGCGUGAAAGAGGGAGGAGCCCCCUCCAUAGGUGGGUGAGAAAGAACUUCCUUCUUUGCAGCUGGUCCCGCUGUUUGGGCACCGAAAACCCGUCAACUCCUUUGCUGCCGAAGGCGCUCCUUGGCCCUGCCUAGUGACUGGACUGAGGGUCCCAUGAAGGCCAUUUCUCUGCAGCCUGGACAGGCAAGAACUGGCAUCCCUCCAGCCCCCGGAAGAGGGGAGUGAAGGGGGCUGGAGCUCCCCUCAAUAAAGGCUGCGGUGCACUUUU